AUGAAGUGUCGUAGUACGUUUACACAAGAUGCCUAUGACCGUGCUUGUAGCUCUUUUGAUGAAAGUGAUUAUGAAAAUGCCUCUCUUUCCAAGGCUGCCGCCCUGGUGGUUGGCGUGCACAAUCCAAUUGCUCUUGCAGUUGCAAUCGAGCUGGCCAAGAAAGGCUGUCGAUUAUAUGUGUUGUCCGCUGACAAAAAAAAAGGUACCGAUGCACUGGGUAGAAUAGUCAGUUCUUACCCUAGCUCAUGCUCUUUUCUCCCAAAGCUAUACAUCCACGACAUCUCUAAUAUUCACCAAGUAAAGGCUUUUAUUGAAGAGCUCACUAAGGAUCUGCAUGCUCUGUCGGACCACUUGUCAAUUGUUCUUUUUGAAGAAGAAUCGGUACAAGCGCAUUGGAAUGAGCCCACUGAGGAGGUACCGAUGCAGCCAGAUUUUUGUUCUCAUGUGCUAUCGUUAUAUUGCCUUUUGUCCCAACUGAUUUACCUGAAUUUGUUUGAUUCCUCCAGAGAAGCUGGCAAAUAUCCGCAUGCAAGGGUCAUCGUGAUCGAAAAUCCCGCCCUCUUGAGACGAUCUCUAUUGCCGAACAAUCUAGAAGGCAGUAAUUGGAAAAAGUCCUUUAAAUCAGGACGGGCCUACGCAAAUUUCAAGCGGCAACAGAUGGAGUUGAUCAUUUAUUUUGCAGCCGUGCAUCGUGAUAUUCAUUUUUACGGUGUAAAUCCCGGAUUGGUCAACAAUUCCGCGCUCAAAUACUUGUCCUCGACAACCUUAUCUUCCAUGAAGAAGAAAUGCAGAACAACAGAGCAAGCAGCGGACGGGGUGGCGUGGGCAGCCAUUUUCCCUUUGCUCUCGUCACAGAUCCCAUCAGGCAGUCUGAUUCUUGAUAGGAAGGUAUCUCCUGCGUAUCUUUGUUUUUGCAGCAGCAAGCCAUCUACGGCGCGAAGGGAGCGCUUUGCCCAGCGUCUCAAUCAGUACAAGUUGAAGUAUUAUGAUGAGGUGAGGGAAACGCCAACUCAAGGCUCCAUUUCAACCAAGUCGUCCCAAUUGAUUGCACCGGAUUCCGAUGCAAUUUACAAUAAUCCCGAGUUGCCCUCGUAUAGCGAUAAUGACGCCAAUUUGAAUAAAAAACAUUAG